GCCGUGGAGAAGUCUUCUGUGGAAAUUCACUCCCCAAUUAUCCUCCUCACUCACUGGAGACGUGCCCAGCCUCCGCUCGCUCACUGCCGCCUCCCGUUCUUCUCCUCUCAUGGCCGCGCCGCCCACCCCAGCCAAAUCCGCUGGGCGUGUCGAUCUCAUCCCGACCAUGGCGGACAUCGUUGCAGUGUCGCGCGCGCAGGGCCUGAACGUUCGCCUGCGCACGCUCGGCCCCUUUUUUCGCGUCACAAUGACCCGCGUCGACGACGAAGAGAAGGAGGCUGUGGAGCUGGGCCGCGCCGAGGGCGCGGUCCGGCCGUGGCCCGGGGGCUCCGUACUGCACUUAGACUCCAUGCGGAUGUCACGCGCCACGCUGAGCGUCCCUGACCGGCCGCUAUUCGGCCUCGGCCUCUUCCUGGGCGCUGUCACCGUGCGCCACGGCUUCGAUGCCGGCUGCGUGCGCGCCGAGCUGCUUGCCAUCAAUGAUACGCCGCUCUACCAUGACAAGCUUGUUAGGUUCUAUACAAGGAUGGGUUUCAAAGCAGUGCAUGAGGUAGAUGGUUCAUCAAUCAUGGAUCUUGCUCAUAUGUUAGUGUGGGGAGGUAGAGGCACAAGAAUGGAUGCUGAUAUAGAACAACUCCUUGUGAAGUGGAGCAAAAGAUUCAGAUCUCAAGACUGAAGACUGUUUUUCUAUACUGAGAGAUGCAUUCUAUGCAGCAUACAGAUCUACAUAGGAUACAAAUACAAGGUAAAUUGCCGCUUCUACUUAUUUCGUAUUUAAAAGUUUAAUCACUUGAUGAAAUGGCUUUAUUGUGGUCCAAUUUUCACCUGUAAUAACAGUUUUAUUUGCUUUACAUACAAAAAGCCUUCCUAUUUUUUAAGUUGAAUAUAGAUUCUUCACUCUUCAGUGCAAUCACGAGUAUUCAUGGAAGUCGGAUAUUCCUGCAAAACCACACUUGGUUGUCAUUUGCUCCAACAUUACCACAAAAGAACUUCAGUGUGUUUGAGCAAGUGACGCAGUUUUACAGUUUACUUCAGUGUCCAUUUUAUAGAUUUUAUAUAUGGCGUGCAAUUUACAGGUACGAGAAAGAGAAACCCUGACUACUCAUCUAUUUUAUCCCCAAUUAGUAUUUUGUUUACAACAUCACAUGAUGGUUAGUACUCCCUCUGUUCAGGUUUACAAGUCCACUCUUGAAAAACGCCGGUACCAAAUCAAAAUGGGAUGAUAGAGAUUUAAUGCCAAUUUAAUAUCAAAAAAUGCUGGUAGUUUCAUACGGAUGCAAAAACAGCUCAGAGUUGGUUACGUGGGUUUAUAAAUGGUUGGCUGCGCUUCUAAUGGUUGGGAUGGCUGCCUUAUGUUGGAUAAUUUGGCUAUGCAUAGAUGAUAAAAAGUUAACAAAAGAAACUUCACUUCUCCAAUGCAGGUUAUAUAUUCUUUCAUACUUUUGGCUUUGUACUUAGUCUACACUUCUCAAGCCGGUGGACUGUCUACUGUGGACUGUCUACUGGCUUUUUGAUGGCGUGCAAUGGGUUGAAGCAACUGGUCAGGAAUUCUUCAGCCCAACAUAGGUGGUGGUCUAGUCUUUGGAUCGGUGCUGCUUACAGUUCGCAUAGUCUGAGAUGUGAACCUCUGUGGUUGUAUCGCUUGAUAUAUCGCUGAGCUCAAUAAAAAUUUCCAUUUUGAAAAAACUCUCUCUCACUGGGAUUCAAAUUAUUUGUAUAAUGGUUUGUUCAUGGCAUAUAUUAGACGGCAUACAUGAAGAAGUGGCCGCAAUACCACUUCGGAGGAA